CCGACGAAAGCCUUAUCCGGCGAAGCCUCAUCAGUUAGCUUCUCGACGAGCAGCGGUUGUCGAUCUUCAAUCAUCACCACUACUGUGUCAUCACUUUCGGCGACUCUCUUCCUUCGAUUCCAGAAUGCUCGCUCAACCUCUGUAUCAAAACCCAAUUCAGCUCCCGCGUGCUCUUUGCAGAUCUCGAAGCAUUGCUGUGGAGAGUGGGCAAUCUGAGAUUGGUGAUGGCAGGCUCUUUCUUGAAAAACAUCCAUCGCUUCCCAUCAAGAAAUUACGCAGGAGAUUGUUUCUGGAGUUUAUGGGGUUUAUUCCAUCUGUCCUAUAUGCUCUCCCUGCUGUCGCCGCACCUAUGUUUGAGAUGAAAGAACCUGAAGUGAUUCGGACAUUGAAGCUUCCGGAUGGGGUGAGGGUUCAAGAGGUUGUUGUAGGGGAAGGACCAGAAGCUCGUGACGGAGAUCUUGUUGAAGUUAAUUAUGUGUGCAGGCGCUCAAACGGGUAUUUCGUUCAUAGUACUGUAGAUCAGUUUAGUGGAGAAAGCAUGCCUGUCGUACUUCCGUUGGAUGAGAACCAAAUCGUCAAGGGUCUCAAGGAAAUUCUGAUUGGCAUGAAGGUUGGAGGAAAGAGGAGAGGGCUGAUCCCUCCUUCUGUUGGAUACAUAAACGAAAACCUGAAGCCGAUUCCCGAUGAGUUUGGACCUCGGAGGAGCCUUUUGUCACAUGCGAAAGAGCCUUUGAUAUUUGAGGUGCAGCUAUUGAAAGUGCUGUGACAUUGUUUCUUGA